CCCUUCUCUCCUCCCUCCUCUUUCUCAUAGAGAAAGAAAGGAAAAAAUCAAAAAACAAAAAAAAAUAAAAAUAAAAAUAAAAGUCCAUUCCUUAUCUAGAUUGGAAUUCAUCAAUAUUUCUUGAUAUAUUCUAUCCUAAAUUCUUGUUCAUUAUUCUAUUUUUUUUAAUUUUUUUUGAUUUUUUCUGAGUGUUUCUUUGUGAGGAGAAGGUAUGGCAGCGGCGAUUGCGGCGGCAGCAGCACUGCCUGCGACACCUACUGCGGCGGUAGUCCCGUUAACGGGGCCGUUUUCGAAUUUGUCACUAUAUGUUGGGGAUCUGGAGCAGAACGUCAGUGAUAGCCAAUUGUAUGAUCUGUUUAGUCAGGUUGCGCAGGUUGUUUCUGUUAGGGUUUGCAGGGAUCAGGCCAAGCGAUCUUCGCUUGGUUAUGGUUAUGUCAAUUUUAGCAAUCCUCAAGACGCUGCCAAAGCUAUGGAGGCUCUGAAUUUCACGCCUUUAAAUGGGAAACCUAUCAGGAUUAUGUUUUCACAUAGAGAUCCUAGUAUUAGAAAAAGUGGAUAUGCCAAUGUUUUCAUCAAGAACCUGGACACUACCAUCGAUAACAAGGCAUUGCAUGAUACUUUUGCUGCCUUUGGGACAGUCCUUUCCUGCAAGGUAGCUGUUGAUAGCAAUGGGCAAUCUAGAGGGUAUGGUUUUGUACAGUUUGAAAAUGAGGAAGCUGCACAAAGUGCCAUUAAACGGUUGAAUGGCAUGUUGAUAAAUGAUAAGCAAGUUUAUGUUGGACUUUUUGUUCGGCGCCAAGAAAGGAAUCUGGCUAACGGGUCACCCAAGUUUACCAAUGUUUAUGUCAAAAACUUGUCUGAGAGUACUACUGACGAGGACCUUAAGAAAGUUUUUAGUGUGUAUGGUACCAUCACCAGUGCAGUAGUUAUGAGGGAUCAGAAUGGCAAGUCUAGGUGUUUUGGUUUUGUUAACUUUCAAAACCCAGAUUCUGCUGCUGCCGCUGCUGAGAAGCUGAAUGGGACCACCUUCAAUGAUGACAAAACUUGGUAUGUUGGGAGGGCCCAAAGGAAAUUAGAAAGGGAGGCAGAGUUGAGAGCCAAGUUUGAGCAGGAAAGAAUUAGUAGAUAUGAAAAACUUAAAGGUGCAAAUUUGUAUCUGAAAAAUCUUGAUGAAACCGUGGAUGAUGAAAAGUUGAGGGUAUUAUUUUCUGAGUUUGGGUCUAUAACUUCAUGCAAGGUCAUGCUUGAUAAUCAAGGUUUGAGCAAGGGCUCUGGUUUUGUUGCCUUUUCUACACCUGAGGAAGCUUCAAGAGCUUUGAAUGAAAUGAAUGGAAAGAUGAUUGGAAGGAAACCUCUUUAUGUUGCUGUGGCUCAACGCAAGGAAGAAAGGAAGGCUCGACUUCAGGCACAAUUUGCUCAGAUUCGAGCUCCAGGUGGACUUUCCCCUUUAACUUCAGGGAUUCCUGGGUAUCACCCAGGGGCACCAAGGCUUGCACCACAGCAGCUUUACUUUGGCCAAGGGACUCCUGGUAUGAUUACCCCUCAGCAUGCAGGCUAUGGCUUCCAGCAACAACUCUUGCCAGGUGUGCGCCCUGGUGUUGCUCCAAAUUUUAUUAUGCCAUAUCACAUUCAAAGACAAGGUCAAACUGGGCAGAGGAUGGGAAUGCGGCGUGGUGGGAACCCACAGCAGAUGCAGCAGCAGCAGCUUUUGCGUAAUAAUAAUCAAGGCGUGAGAUACAUGGGCAAUACAAGGAAUGGCAUAGACUCAUCUGUUGUUCCACAAGGUUUAGUGGGUUCAAUGAUGCCGUUGCCGUUUGAGGCUUCAAGAACUCCUGUUGAUACUCUGCAGCCAGUUACCAUGUCAUCUCUUGCUUCUGCUUUGGCCUCUGCUGCACCAGAGGCCCGAAAUGAGAUGCUGGGUAGCCAGCUUUAUCCGCUUGUGAACCGCCUUGAGCCAGAUCAUGUAGCAAAGGUGACUGGAAUGUUGUUGGAGAUGGAUCAAACAGAGGUCCUACAUCUCAUCGAGUCUCCAGAUGCUCUGAAAAACAAGGUGGCAGAAGCAAUGCAAGUCCUCCGAGAAGCUAGUGCUUCUAGUGUUGGUGAUCAGCUUGGUUCGCUGGGACUGAAUGACUGAAGUGCAUAAUUCAUGGUUAUUUAUUUUUUGGUCGUCUGUUAGCCCUGUUUUUUUAUAGGGCUUCAUGAGCAGUCAUUAUUUUGGGGCUAUUCUGCUUAAUUAGUUUUCUAGUAUUUAGUAUUGAACAGUGUCUUUUAUAUGUUAGGAUUUUGGCUCUAUUCUUCUUUUCCCUUUUUAUUCUUUUAGAUUUAUUUGACAAUGUCAAGCAUUUACAAAUUUUUAAGUUAUUGACAAUGUUGCUAUGAAAUUUUCUCCGUGGUUUGACUUAA